CGCGAUGACCUCAAUCGCCAGCAGGUAAGAUGGCGUCCUGCAAUGAAGCAGGAAAUAGUGUCAAAUUAAUCUAGUUUUUAAAAAAGUUAAUUUUGUUCAGGACAUUGUACUCAACAUUAUAGGAGACUGAAAACCAAUAGCAUCAUCUUCAUUGAUCCUUUAUCUUCCUGUUUCCUCUUGGCUCUUUGCUGCUGGCAUUGAGGAUGAAAACACAGUAUGUAGCUGCAUUAUCAUUAUGAUUCACUCCCAGUGCUGGAAGCAAAUGAACAAAAGAUCCUAAAUGGCCUCUAGGAAAUCAGGAUCAGAUUUUCAGAACUCUGGAGCAGCCGUUACUUACCUUGAUGAUGUCCCAUUUAAGAUUGGUGACAAGUUCAAGAGUCCUGCCAAAGUGGGAAUUCCUGUUGGAUUUUGUAUAUCAGAUUACUCAUCACAAUUGAGAAAGAUUGAUUAUGAUUUCUCUUUCGAGAAGAGGACGAUAAAAUGGGCCGAAGAAAUAAAACAAAUUAAAGCUGCACAAAAGGCAGCCAGUUUAAACAGGGAAGCUUCUUCGGUGACUGCUGAAUCGGAGGCAUUCUUAAAGAGAAAAAGUGGAAUCCAACACACUGGACCACAUUCUUCAGCAUUUCCACUGACUAUUAACCCUAUACUUGCCAGUCUAAGGCACAACAAUAUUUUAACUCCAAUGCCAGCUAAUAGCAAAACUGUAACACAAAAAGACCCAAGUCCCCCUUUCACAACUAAAUUCAAUCUUGCAGAUUUUGAAAGUGAAGAAGAUCCUUUUGAUAAACUGGAGUUGAAAACGCUAAAUGAUAAGGAGGAACUCAAAAACAUUCUUGAAGUUCAGGCGAGUUCACGACCGAUGAUUAUUCCACAAUUGGAUAAUGGCCUGGAUGUGCAUAUUGUGGGAUCCACAGAUGCAUCACCAAGCCCAGAAAUGCAGGCCUCAACUGAGGAGGCUACCUCAGACUUCAAAUCUCUUCACAAGCCAAAUGGCCUCAUAAAUUUGCCACAGUUGGAGAACUGUGAAAAAGUGCCCUUCUCUGCCAAAGUAUCUCUCCCUUCUGCUUCAACUGUCAGCAAUAUCAAAUCUCUGUCUUUUCCUAAACUGGAUUCUGAUGAGAGUGAGCAAAAGACUGCUAAGCUCACUGGUACUUUCCACAGCACAAGCCUACCCAAUGGCACUUUGUUUAGUUCAAUAAAGAACUGUGAGCAGUACAAAGCUAAUAGUUUUAAUGGACAUAACUUCUCUGUUGCAUCCAUAUGUUCCUCUUCAAGUUUUGAGCUUGGGAUUGAUAACAGCACAGCAGUGUUGUCUUCUUCGAGGUCAGAUGUUUCACCGGUUAUGUCAACAGCUGGAACAGAGAACUUAUCUCACAAUGCAGCAAAGCUGGUUAAUUCUGGAAACCAACCUGCUGCAGAAAAAUUCACUAUAACCAACAGAGAUGCAUCAAAGAGAUCAGAAUGUUUUGAUCCACUUCAAGCAUUGACUCCAAGUGAGAGGCAGUGUGCCGAUACAAUAGUUAGUAUGGGAUAUUCAUGUGAGAACGUAAUAAAAGCCAUGCAGAAACGAGGAGAAAACCUAGAACAGGUGCUUGAUUACUUGUUUGUCCAUGGACGACUCUGUGAACAGGGCUUUGAACCAGCACUCGUAGAGGAAGGCCUGGAAAUGUAUCAGUGUUCAGAGCCAAAGACUCUGGAAUUUCUUAACCUCAUGUCUAAAUUCAGAGAAAUGGGCUUUGAACGAGGCGAUAUUAAGGAAGUUCUUGUUUUUCAUAACAAUGACCAGGAGAAAGCUCUGGAAGACUUAAUGACCCGUGCAGGAGCCAGCUGAAGGCAACCCUUGUUCCAUCUCAGUCUGAUUGAGAGAACAGAGAGGGAAAAAUCAUCCCACGUACGAUUCAGUUUCCAGCUCUGUUUAUACAAGCAUGGCUGUAUAUUUCUUUCCUUUUGGACUUUUCUGUGUGUG